AGCACCACCUAAACUCAGCUCAGAUUUCAUUACACUGUGCAGUCAGAUAGGAAGCAACCAAGCAACUUUAAACAAUGUUCCUCUCCCUCCGUGGAAUUUACUUUGUGGUGGAGUUAUGAUGAAGAAUUUGGGAGUCUGUGGGAAAUUGAAAGUUUCACAAAGUGAGAAACUCAAGACCUGAGUAAGGAAAAGACACAACACCUGCGUCUUUGGAUCCUUUUGACUGCAUGAUCUGGAUUGCAGUGAAUUUUUAUAGGAAUAUAAUUGGCAUUGUGAAUAGGAGCAAUUCAGGAAUAUCUUCUUCAGCUGGAAUAAAAAUGUACCUUGGAUUUUUCACAGCAACAGUCUUCUAUAUUCAAUGGGGAUUCAUUUUGAUUGAAGGUUCACCUCAAGUCAGACUAACAGCACCACAACUGACUGUAUCUGACAAGCAGCGGGUCAUUGAAGUAAAUGGAACAUUCAAUGUCACAUGCAGGGGGCAGGCAUCCUUGAGCUGGUCUGGACCCAAUCAUCCUAAUGCUAUGAAAGGCAGACUAAACAUAACCAACUACAAGUGCCAUGACAAGGGGAAGUACUUUUGCAGUACCAUGUAUUUAAGGAAUGCUGAUCGCAACGAUACUGGAUACUACACUUGUAAAUAUGCCACUUCUGCAGCCAAUGAGAGCCGAAUCUAUUUAUUUGUUAGAGAUCCUCGAAAUCCAUUUGUGCAGCCUCAUCCCGAAUAUCCCAAAUUCAUAAAGCUGAACGAAAGCAGUGAGGUUGUGGUGAUCCCCUGCCGAGUCACAGCGCCAGACUUACAGGUCACCCUGCUGAUGAGAGACACUGAAUUAAAAACUGAUGGAGAAAAUACUACGUGGGAUCCUAAACAAGGUUUUGUCAUUCAAAAUCCUGAACGUGUUCGACAUGACAUGCUGCAGUGCAGGACCAUGAUUGAUAAUCAGCUCUUCACAUCCCACUACAUGAUACUUAUAGUAGUUGAAGGAACGAAAUAUGUUCAGCUUAACACGAGUUCACGAAUCAGGGUGCUGUCGGGUGCCACACUAUCCAUCAAAUGUCUGGCAAAGAUGGGUUGGAAUUCCAGACCUGAAUUUCAUUGGGAUUACCCUGCCAAAAUGACUGAUCGAACUGUUUUAAUUAGCAAAGCACGGGUAAGCACAGGAAAAACAUAUCAGAGCACUCUAACACUGAAGAACAUUCAGCCCAGAGACAAAGGAAACUACGUGUGCAAAGUCCAUAAUAAAAAUGUAUCAGAAAGCAAGACUAGGGUAAUUGUCAUUGAAAACCCUUUCAUUAAAGCAGAGUUCAAAAAAGAGAACCCUAUGCACGUAAAAUUUGGUCAAGGAUCUGUGAAACUGCCUGUGAAAGUCAACGCAUUCCCGCCUCCAGAAGUAUCCUGGUACAAAAAUGGAAAACUUAUUACACAGAACCAGACCUGUUAUGUCCAAGACCGCUAUGCAUUGAAAAUAAUGUACGUAUCAGAAAAGGAUGAAGGGAACUAUACUAUUUCAUUGAACAACAAGCUGCAUAACCUGCAUAAGAACAUUACCAUCACACUAAUAGUCUAUAAGGAUGAAAAACCAGAGAUUGCUGACAAAAAUGUGGCUUCCCCAGAGCAAAAGUUUUAUCACCUUGGGAAAAAAUACACACUGACCUGUACUGCUACUGGAACUCCAACUCCUGACUUUUACUGGGAGUGGCAGCCUUGCAAACCUACAGCAUCCACGUGUAAGCCGAGUAAUGAUGAGAAAAUUAACAUCUCAAAAACUGUGACAAGUCUGGGCAAUAGAAUUCAAAUUUUGCCUCAGAAAAGCAUGGUCUUGCAGAAUAAAACAAAGAUUGUGAGCAUGCUGACAGUGGUUGAAGGCAAAGUCUCAGGGAUUUAUUACUGUGUGGCUUCCAACAGAGUUGGCAUGGACAGAAGAGAAAUUAACUUCUAUAUUACAAAUCAGUCAGAUGCCUUGCAUCUUGAAGCAAAUGCUGAGACAUCACGGAUACAAGGAGACGAUCUAAAUCUCACCUGUCGAGUCAGAAAAUACUACGAAAAGGAGGUUUCAUGGUAUUACCAGUCAUUUGAGAAUUCCUCAGAGGUUCAACUGAAUCUCUUCACCCAAAGGUUUGAAGGAAACUACUCCACCUCAUUGGUUCUCAAUAUCAGAAAUGUGACGACAAACAACAGUGGAAUUUACAAGUGCAAAGCAAUAGACACGACUUGUGGGAACGAGUGCGAGAGGCAUACCACUGUUCACAUAGAAUAUAAAACUGCCCCAGUUCUGCAGAAAAACUUGACAAACUUGGAGGUCAACAGCAGCAAAACUGUGACCCUGAACUGCAAUGUCACGGGACAGCCCUCCCCUGUCAUCUCCUGGUACAAAAAUGGAAAACAGGUUCUUCCAGCUUCAGGCAUAUCUUUGGAAUCAGGAAGCAAAACUUUGAUCAUUGAGAGAGUCGAACAUGAUGAUGAAGGAGAAUACAAAUGCAAGGCAACAAAUGAGAAGGGAACGGUGGAAACCUCAGCAUACAUAUCGGUUCUAGGGUCUGAGGACAAGUCCAAUUUGGAGCUGAUAAUCUUGGUGUGCACUGGGGUAGCAGCCACACUCUUCUGGCUUUUACUCACACUUUUUAUCCGGAAACUCAAGAAGCCACGCAGUGCAGAUGUUAAAACUGGGUAUCUGUCAAUUAUAAUGGAUCCAGAUGAAGUGCCAUUAGAUGAGCAGUGUGAGCACUUCCAGUAUGACAGCAGUAAGUGGGAGUUUCCCAGGGACAGACUCAAGCUUGGCAAAACGCUGGGACUUGGUGCAUUUGGCAAAGUGGUGGAGGCAUCUGCCUUUGGGAUCGAUAAAUCAUCAACUUGUAAAACUGUGGCUGUAAAAAUGCUGAAAGAGGGGGCUACCGCCAAUGAGUGCAAAGCACUAAUGUCAGAGCUGAAAAUCCUUAUACACAUCGGCCACCAUCUAAACGUAGUGAACAUACUUGGAGCCUGUACCAAACCUGGAGGACCUCUGAUGGUAAUUGUGGAAUAUUGCAAGUAUGGAAAUCUGUCCAACUAUCUCAGGAACAAGAGAAAUGAUUUCAUUUUAAUCAAGUGUCAGAAAAAUGUCAGCCAGCCUGAGACACUCAGCGAUGAGACCAGCCCUGAUAUCAUGGAAAGCACAAAGCGUAGACUGGAGAGUGUGGCGAGCACAGGAAGCUCAACAAGCUCCGGAUUUGUUGAAGAUAAGAGUUACAGUGACACGGAAGAGGAAGAGGAAGAUACUGAAGACCUCUACAAACGGCCCCUAGCCAUGGAAGACCUGAUUUGUUACAGUUUCCAAGUCGCAAAGGGCAUGGAGUUUUUGGCUUCAAGGAAGUGCAUCCAUCGGGACCUGGCAGCACGAAAUAUCCUCUUGUCCGGAAACAACGUUGUGAAGAUCUGUGAUUUUGGCCUGGCUCGUGAUAUUUACAAAGAUCCAGAUUAUUUGCGAAAGGGAGAUGCCCGGCUCCCGCUCAAAUGGAUGGCACCAGAAUCCAUAUUUGAUAAAAUCUACACAACUCAGAGUGACGUUUGGUCUUUUGGAGUGCUGUUGUGGGAAAUAUUUUCCCUAGGCGCCUCUCCAUAUCCAGGAGUCCAGAUAGAUGAAGAAUUCUGCCAUAGGUUAAAAGAAGGAACAAGGAUGAAACCCCCUGAAUAUUCUACUCCAGAAGUCUAUCAGACAAUGUUGGACUGUUGGCUUGAAGAGCCCGGAGAAAGGCCCACCUUCAGUGAGCUGGUAGAACAGCUGGGAAAUCUUCUGCAGGCCAAUGUCCAGCAGGAUGGAAAGGAUUACAUUCCUUUGAAUAUUACGCUGCAAACAGAUGGCGAUUCAAGCCUCUCCUCUACAGACCCCAGCCUCACAGAAGAUAUAGCAAACCCAAAAGUUAAUUACAGUUGCACAGGAAACAUUGGGCUCAACUGCAAUAAUCCAAAGAAGAGGCCACUGAGUGUGAAAACAUUUGAUGAGGUUCCUGUAGAAAAUAAGACUACUGUGAUACAUGAGGAAGGAGAAACAGAUAGUGGAAUGGUGCUGGCUUCCGAUGAACUGAAGCGUUUGAAGCACAUAGAAACCAAAGCCUGCUCUUUUGGUCUAAUUACAUUAGCAAAGAGAGCUGUCAGUAAAAGCAAGGAGUCUGUAUUGUCUGAGGCAGACAACCGUGCCAACCCAUUCCAGCCCAACAUGUGUAAUACAGAGGAUGAGGGCCUGGAUUUUGCACUUGAAGAUUCAGUUCUGUUGCCAAUGGACCAGACGCUGGAAUGUCACAGCCCGCCACCAGAUUACAACUCUGUCAUUCGUUAUACCACUCCACCAGUUUGAAUAAACUGACAUUUCUGACCACAACCACAUCACAGCUGCAGCCCCCCGAGGACUAUACAGCAGCACAAUGUCCUGAAAAUUGUUAACUGAACUAUUGUUUGGUUGGACGAAACUAGAUUGAGCAGUGGGCUUGAAAACUACCACAACAAUUAAUGUUAAAAUCACAGUAUUCAAUCACUACAAAAUACACCUGCAGGUAACUCUUAAAAGAAACCACUCACCCAAUCCCACCACCAAAACCAAUUAUUGCACAUUGUUAUUACUGUGCCUGGAUCUGGAAGUAGUGUGUGAUUGCAGUUGUAGUCAGUGAAUCAUCUUGCCAUGGUGAAAACAUGUCCAAUGAUUCCAGUGAGUCAUGGGAAUGUCACUAAAACAAAAAAUGGAUUCUUCCUGCAUGAAAAUCAGAGUGAGUGGCUGAAAAAUGAAUUAGUCUAUACUCAGCAAAGAUUUUAACAGAUACAUUUUAUGAACCCCAUCUUCUUCCGCUAUUUUAGCAUCUGCAAAAUUUUUGUUUAACUGCUCAGAUUCCUUUGUUUGAAUGAGUUAUUGUUCUAUACUUUCCAAUGUUCAGCUUCAUUUAUUGUCCAAACCAUAUUAAUAUCUUUCUCUGACCCUAGCAGCUCCACCAGAAGGUGGCCUGAUCCAGUACCAUCUCACAGUUGCUUACCUUCUUAACAGUUGACCAAAUUGGCCUGCUGUAUCACAUGGCAAUGUGAUCAGCUGUCACUGAAAUAAUGAAUACUAGAAGAGGUAUGUGAAACCAAUGGACUACACUGUUGCCUUAAUAAUCAAAGGUGCCUGACAAACAGGUCGGGAGUUCAGUUCACAGUAUCUACAUCCCUCAACCAGUUGAAAAUAAACUCACCCUCCAAAUGAAAUACAUUUUACAGGAGUGACCCGGUCCAUUUCAUCAGCAGAUCUGGUUCCUUCUGCUUGAUUCAUGACUCAGCAAAUAGUGCACAAUAAUUGCAUUGUCCAUGAUAACAAAGAGCUAAGUGACACAGGGUGCCACUUAGUGAAGGAAGAAACUUAGAAAAGGUAAUUUUAGAGGAAAUAUGGAAGAAAAAAAAUAAAAAGAUGGCUAAUUUAAAACAUUAAAAAAAAUUUUGCCAGUUACAGACUGUUAAAUUGACCCUGCAGAAUCUCAGCGAGAGAUUAAGAAAUGCAAUUAUAUCAAUUCAAGCAUGAUAAAUUUCCAUUUUGAUCUAUUUUCAUAAACGUGAAAAUAUUAUUUCACAAUAAAAAAAAUCAAUGCAUAGCUGAGGCAAGUAAUUAAAAUUCAAUUAAUCCACAUCCAGUUGUGAACUGCGAAAACUACAGCCAUUUAAGCUGUGGGCUCUUGUUUGCAAGCUCUUUAAACAGCAAAUACAUACACAAAGUGGCACAAUCUGAGGAUGUGCAGUGUAUAAUGACAUUCUGGGUACAUUCCAAAUAAACAUCACUGAUGGCAUUCAAACAAUCCAACAAACUCUCAUUUUCCAUCAGUUAUGUUUGUUCUUCAUGGAACUUCAGCAAAGUUUCUUCCUUUACAUUGGAUUGUUAACCAUGCAUCAAUCCCUCUCAAACACCCCCAACCCCACUACCUGUGCACAUUGUGACACCGAUAUCACAUCCUCAAUAAGGUUUGCUCUAACCUCUUAAUUAUGUUCUGUGCAAUAUUUCCACUUGAUCAGUCCCUAAUCCCAAACCAGUUAUGAUGUAUUGGGUUGUUCCUACGAUCAUUUGGUGUGGGCAUAUAAUGUUUAACCAUGUUGGUCAAAGCACAUAUAUAUUUUUGGAGAAAACAUUGACCUCUCAAAGUGAGAACAAGAGUGCCAAAUGCUUCAGAAGCAAUAAAAUUGCCCUUGAAUAAAAUUUCCCUCAAAAGAACAAGUGAUCUCAGGAGUGAGAUCUUCCCUGUUUUCAGUGACUGCUACCUCCAAGCAUCAGGCCCAGCAACUGCAAGGUCAUCGAGCUGGUUAAGCAGUAAUUCUCUUCAUAUGUUUCCAAUGACACAGAAGGAAGCUAUUGGCCCAUUGGUCCUUGCCUGCUCCCAGGGGAGCAAUGCCAUCGGUCCCAUAUUUCCUUGCCUUGUUUCCUUGUAUCCAUACAAAUUUUCUCUCCCACACAUCUCAUCAACUCCCCUUUGAUUUUCACACAGGAAAUCUGAAACAAUUUAUAGUUACUAUUUCUAACCAUUAUACCAAACAUUAAAUACAUAUGAAAACAUAAAUAGAAGCUAAAAUAUCAUAAAUGUAUUAAUAUAUUUUGUAAUUUUAAAAUCACUUUGCUUAGAAAUUUAUCCCUGGUGAACCAGACACCAUAUAGUAGUGGCUGUACUGUGUCCUCUGCCACUGAAAGCCUCACCUAAUGGAAAAUGCUGCUGCCACUGCACAGUGCAUUUGAUAUUAUCAACUGGGGAUAAAAUUUUAGGCAUAUAUUUUGAAAUAUUAAUGUAAGUAAAUUACAAUACGUAUACAUAUUAUCAGUUUUUUUUUAAGUCCACAUACUUCAUUAAGCAGUAAUUAAUGGUUUGCAGUUGAAAACUCACUUGAACCUUGUGUAGCUAAGUAAGAUUUUCAGGAUAUUUUGUGAGACUACUUCAAAAAUGGCUUAAAGUCACAUCACUCCAAGUGAUUAUAGGUUAACUAGAGUGGAGAAGAGGUUUGAAAUAGAACAGUUAGUGAAGAUGUGCUGGGUUAUUGACAGUAAUGUCAGAAUUUCUGUAUUGGGCUACAAAUGUGUGAAAAUCUUAAAGCUCUUGUCAAUUUUGUAGUGUAACAAUGAUAGUUUUACUGUCAACGUCACUGCAAAAUUCAACCAACCUACUUAAGUAAUAAUAACUUGUUCAGGGAUAACACUAAACCUCGAGUAAUACAAAACAGAAGGAAUGAAAUCAAUCAACAAUGGUAUAAUAUGUCUGAGUAUUUUACCUAACAGGUAUUUUACAUAUUGAAUUUUCUAAGGAAUAUCAAAGAAUUUGAAUAGUGCCCUCAUGUAUAACAGGGUUAUUAUUGGUCAUUAACAAUUAAACAAGGGGACUGUACCUUUUCCCCAAAUAUCAUUACUUCUUUCUCCAUCUUUAAGUAGUUGUUAUACUUGGUAUAGGAAUAAAACUAAUCUGGGUCUUCUUGGGAGAGGUGGUGGCGGGAGUAGGAAACAGACAACAACAAUGAAAAUUAUCUUAACUUUUUUUCCUUUCCAGAGCGUUUUUGAAUUUGACAUAUUUUAUCCAACUGAUUGGUUUUAUUCCUUUCCUUAUAUUCUACCACUGCAAGUAUUUAUUUAAAAGCAACCUUACUAAAUUUAACUACACCUAAUGUUAUUAAUAUAACUCCAAUGUUGAUUUUACAAAAGCAUCAAACUAAAAUAUCAAAAAUCUGUUAAAAUUAGUUAUUAAUACAAAAGUGAUUUCAAUAUUAAUAAACAGACCAUACAUUCUCAAUAUUAAUAAACAGAUCAUACAUUCUAAAGCAUCUCUAAUCCUGAAUUUAUCCAUUUCAUAAAGCAAUCUGGCAGCCACCAUUUUUAGGUCUUUUCAUUAAAUGAUAUACUCAAAGCCUAAACAGAAUUUUUAUGGUUGUAAUAAACCUAUAAAUUUAUAUCAAUAUUUAGAGCAAGUGAGGUCUCAGGUAAUCAAUGUUUGCUGUAUUCCUUUUUCUAAACCUUACACUGGCACUUACUGUAGCAAAUAACAAGUAACAAUCCAAACCAUUCCAAGUAUAUUAAGGACUCCCAGUAAUUAUAGAUGGCAUUUUUCCAAAUUAAAAGAAAUAAAGGAUGCUACAGCCUAAAACAGGGAAUAUUUUGCUUACUGUGAAUAUAUUGUGCUAUAAAAGGAGACCUGGAGUGGAGACUUUUCAUUAAUGUUUGGAGAAAACAGUAAAAGAAUAUUAUGAUUCACCACAACUCCCAGGAUGCUGGAAAUCCCAUAGCUGCCAGUGGAUCUAUUGUGAAUGUUACAAAUAAAAUAUACUCAGUAUUGCUUGUAAAGUACCAUAGUAUAUAGUCAUAAAUUUAGAUGCUCUAUAUUUUGUAUAGAUGGGUAAUGGAACAAAAGAACA